AUGGCGCGAGGGCUCAAACCAAUCCCUGCAAGUCAGUAUGAUGAAGUUCUGAAAGUGGCCAACAUCUACGUGCAGGGAAUGCGACUUGGAGACACAGCAUACACUUCAACUGGGUUCCGUGACACUGCUAGCGUUUAUGGAUUUAUUGAGGGGAAAUUCCAAGAGGGAUCUGUGAACCUGAUUUACAACUACAUGGAUUCUCAGAAAGAGGCUCCUAAAUUUGUGGCCCACCUAAGCAUCAUUGGAAUGACACCUAGCACUGCGGUUGUUAAAUGCGAGAUGGAUAUUGAGGAACCGGAGUAUGAGUAUACGGAUUUCAUAUCUCUGGCCAAAGUCAACGGAAAAUGGCAGAUGGUGGCUAAGGUUUUCCAUGCAUACCUAGAAUGA